AUGUCUGAUCAAAAACAAGCAAGACAUAACAUGUUUAAUUCCUUAAUCCUAGGUGCUAAAAGAAAGGGGAAGAGCAGAGAAAAAAAUGAGGAAGCUCUUGAGGGUUCUGAAAAGAAAAAAAAAUGUAUGAUUAUACCGCCUGCUGAUUCUGAAAAUUUUGAAAUAUUCUUUGAUAGAUCAAGGAAGUCUGGUAAUACUUCAUUGAGAGCUUCGGAUGUUUCUGUUCUUAUUUACCAGCCAUUAGCUUGGGAAGAACCCGAAAGAGCUUCAG